CCGCUAAUGUGACCAUGUAAGAACUCCGUGGUAGCAGUUUAUGUACAGGAAGAAUUUAAUCCUGGAGACAAGAAUACUGGUGCACUGUCGACAACUAAUUCCUCUCGCCGUUCAGGACAAGAGCGAACAGUUCCGAAUUGAGGAUCCGAAGAUACGAUCCCCAGUACACCCACAUCUAUCAUGAGCGUCUGGCGACGCUGCGACCUCGCUUGACGGCCGUUUCAGAAGAAAAAUGGGGUGCAGCUUAUAGAGUUUGUACAACAGACGAUCUGGUGGAGAACGAAACAGUCUGCCUGAUCGGAACUCUGUACAAGGAAAUGGAACGAAAGCCCAAUAUUCUACGUCAAAUGCGCCGUGACACUGACAUACCGCCAGAGCCUAUCCCACCUCGAUAUACCAGUGACACCGAUACUCUGUUCCUGGAAGAUGAAUCACAGCGGAUUCGACUGAAUGGACAACUUGAUCCGCAUCAGCUAGUUACGGGAAUCAUCAUGGCGUUGGUUGGUCAUGUGAACGCUGCUGGAGUGUUUGUCGUACAAGAUCAAUGUUUUCCCACCCUGCAAAGUCGUAACGUGAUCUCUAAAUGGCGCCUUUCAUCAGCAUUUUUAUUGCAGCCGGCUUUCGUGCUGAUCCGCGAUCGACAGGUUGUGCACGCAGUCGGCGUUCCGGAGGGUGGAGAUAUUGGUUCAGAUAUGUCGCAGGCUUUGGGAGCGCCUCUUAAACUCUACGCUGAAAAAAAACAUCUCGGGAAAGAUUCGUAUGAUCCCGAGCCGGACGAGAAUCAGCUUCUUUUGUUCAGCAUGCGAUUCUGCCCGUACGCGGAGCGAGCUAGGCUGAUGCUGAACCUUAAGAAAGUCCAGUACGAACUGGUGAAUAUGAACACAACCGAUUUGCCGAAAUGGUACGCCGAUUACAGUCCACUGGGAGACGUACCUGCGCUGCGCGUACCCGGGAAGGUUGGUCUGCUGUUCGAUUCUGUGAUUAUUCCUGAGUACAUCGACCAGAAUUUUCCCACUGAGCCGAAGUUGUUGCCGAAAGAUGAGUACGAAAAGGCUCCAGAAGGUCACCCUGAACGUUAUUACGCGAAAGGUUAUCAGCAAUUUGGAGGCUGUUGCUGCGAGAAACGAAAAAAUCGACGAGCUCAAAAAGGGCCUGAAAGAGGUGGAAGAAUCAAUGACCGGGCAGUAUUUCUGCGGUGAGCCUUGUGCAGAUGCGACAAGAUGGGUUUUGUGGACGUGAUGAUCUGGCCGUGGUUUGAGCGUAUUGCUCCGGUGUGCGAAGUGCGCAGUGUCGUUCUGAAAGUGGAGCGCGAUUAUCCCAAACUGCACGCCUGGAUGCAGAAUAU